AUGCCGAAGGCAACCCCGACCGCUAGCGCCAGCGUAUCCAACCGCCCUGCACUUCGUAGAAACCAGGCUUGCCGGCCAUGUCGAAAGAGAAAACUUAAAUGUGAUGCUGCCCGUCCCCACUGUGGCACAUGUGUGAAGCAAUGGCAGUCCCUCAUAAGUGUGCCUGCACCGCCCGACUACGCGCACCCUGCAGAACCACAGUGCGUUUAUGAUCCAGUAGAUGGUCUCGCAUUGGCGCCAGAUACAAAUGCUCUGGAAAAAAUUCGGCUUCUGGAGGAAGAAAUCUCGAACUUGAAGACGCAACUUCAAGAGCAUCGAACCAAUGGACUGUCAGGACCAUCUCAGCAACUACUACGCCGUUUCAGUCAGUUCCGCCCUGGAUCAGCUUCGUCUUCCUUGACUCCUGAAUCCGGAAGUCCGGCAACUAGUUCUGUUCAUACACCAUCGCUUCCUUUACCAAAAAACGGUACAAUUCCAGGUCAUAUACACGAUUCUGAUCCCCGUAACAACAGCAACAGUCCAGAGGUUCGGCACAAGAGUUCCACUGACACUAUUCUCGAAAUUAUAUACUCCGGUUGGAAUCCCGAUCUUCCUGAGCGCAGUGUUUUGGAGCACUAUAUAGAUGUAUUUUUCAAGUGCGAUCCUUGUGGUCCUCGCAUCUUUCAUCGCCCAUCUUUUCUUGCAGCCGUACGUCUAGAUCCUAGAGAUUCUUCCUUUCCACACUCGGCCAUACUUCAUGCAAUAUGUGCUUCAGCUUCUAGAUGGUCUUCCCGCAAUGUGGCAACUUUGCCUGACGGCACGGGACGUGAUGAAUUUGCGGAGUUCCACGCAAGUAAAACCCGACAGUAUAUUGACAAAACCAUGGCCACUGGCGAAGACAUCUUUCCCGUCGUUCAGGCGUGCAUCCUGCUUGCUUGGUAUUUCUACCAAGAAGGACGGUGGGUUGAAAUUUGGAUUUUUGCAGGAUUCCAGACUCGAGUUGCUAUACCACUGCGGUUAAAUUAUCCAGGAACUUUUUCCACUCACAUCACUACAUCACCGGGGGGAUACCUUCCUCCCCCAAAGGACCUUAUAGAUUUGGAGUCACGUCGUCGCACCUGGUGGACGACAAUCAUCUUUGACCGUAUAGCAUCGGUCGGUGGAUGGAUCCAUGCAAUUGAUGAGAGGGACAUUGGAACUGAGCUUCCUCUUCGAGGAGAAGAUUUCGACUCAGAGCAAUUAAUGCCUAGUAAUCCUCAAGACAUGUGUACGGAAGACGUCUUUACCACACAUUUGCCGAAAUACACCGAUUCUUUUCUUCUUCUAAUCAAGGCCAUCAUGAUGUUUGGUCGGGUCACAGACUUUAAUGUCCGACGAAACUUGCGUGCUCCGACUGCACCUAGCAAGUUUCAGGACCCUUUCCAAUCAUCUGGCUUUGCAGAUCUCGAUCGACUUGUCUACAAUGACUUCCUAGAAAACCUCCCGACGAUGUUCAAAAUGACAGGCGCUAAUGAACUGCCUGGUAAUCAUGGCUCAGUGGACACAGACUUAUAUAUGGUCCAUAUCAUACCGCAUGCGGCUACCAUUACACUCCAUAAUCCUUAUCUUGACCUAACCAACUUGAAUCGCAUAUCCACGAGCCGAUGUAUCAAUGCAGCAAGAGCCAUUCUUUCAGCCUACUUCAAGUUAUCAGAGACCUCUUUGGAUAUAUCACGAUUGCACCCAUUCGUCGUAAUCUGUUGGUACCUUGCCGCAGUCGUUCAGGUCCAGGUCUGUAAGCACUUCAUAGAAAUAGGGGAUAAUGCGAGAGAAGACCAGGUAUGGGGAGAGAUCAACGUCUUGCGACAAGCCAUGAUCAACUACGGGGUGAAAUCUCCAAUAGGUACUCGCCAAGAGAAGUUAUUGCAAGGUCUUAUGGAAGAAAUAGUACGACUGACAAGCCAGAAGCAGCCAUUGGAGGUGGGGCUUCCAUUGUAUCCAUUCUCUCAUACCACAUUGUUUGCGACGCCAACGUUACCUGAAAACGCUCAGAUGGCGCCUUUGCCAAAUCCCUCUAUAUCAUACUCAGUGGAGUACGAUCCCGCGAUAUUCAUACGAGAUUCGGAUUCGUUAGAUUCAUACUGCCGUCAUCUGCCCAGCUGGUCCCCCUCGAGCUACAGCAGCCGCUCUUUCCCAAGAGAGGAUUAG